UGAACAGGAGGGAGGGAGAGAGAGAGAGAGAGGGAGAUCGAUCUAGGUAUUUGAAGCACACCGGAAAGCACCGAGUUGAGUUAGGUCAAGUGGUGGGAGCAUUUACACACCAUUGUGCCCAUGGCAAUGAUUUGGAAGCGAAUCCUCUCGAACAGCCGCAAUACUUUUUCAAUGACACAUUUUGUUCCUGGUGGAUCAAGAUUUUUUUCCAAAUCCAGCCAGUACAUAGUGAAGGUUGGAAUUCCGGAGUUUGUAAAUGGAGUUGGGAGGGGUGUUGAAACCCAUGCAACAAAGCUUGAAACAGAGAUUGGUGAUUUCCAGAAGCUGCUUGUCACCCGCACUCUCAAGCUCAAAAAAUUUGGCAUUCCUUGCAAACAU